CCCUCCUCUAUCUACUCUGUCCCAUUCCAAACUUCUUCCUCCUGGAAUCCUCCGCUCCUCCUGUUUUGGAACGGGAUGAAACGAAACAGGGCAGAGCUCGCGCCCUCCAAAACCGCCGAAACCCCUGCGAAAACCCAGCGCCGCUCAAAGGAUCCGAUCCCGAAGGGGAUGGGCACAAUGAGGGCGAGGGCUGGGGCGGCGCCACCGGAGAAGCCCCGCAAGGGCAGCGGACCAGAGAAGAGGCCGUCCACCCCCGCAGCCACCGCCGUGUACUCCUCUCCCAGCAGCACGGCGAUGGCGCAGGAAGGGGAGGAGGAGAGGCCUCUUGGAUGGGACGAGUUCGGGGGAUGGUGGUGGUGGGGCGUGGAGGAGGAGAUGCUCCUGGGAUGGUUCCCCUUCGUGGAGGAGGACUUCCUCUGCUCCGAGAACAGGGGAGGAUCAGGGCUUUUCUGGGAGGAGGAGGACCACGAUAUCUGGCAGCUUCAAGACAUUCACGAGAUCCCCAACCAAGCCAAAUGAGACAAGAAAGAUGGUGGUUUGGAAGGAAAAAGAGAGAGAAAGAGAGAGAAAUACCAAGAAUGGCGAAGUUUUAGAGAGUAGGAGAAAGCAUAGAAACAAGGGAUAAAGGUCGUAGUUUUGUUUAUUUUCUUCUUUCAUUUGUUUUCUUUGUGCAAAGGCAGAACCUUCUGAGUAGAAUACACUGAGAAAUGUUUCAAACUUAGUUUAAGUAAGUUAAUCUUCAUUUUGAAAGGCUUGAUGAAGAAGGCAACACAUCGAGUUCAGCUCUCUUAUCUCUCCCUCUGCGCUGAUAUGCUGGUAUUUCUUGAGCCUUUGUUUAUUCUUGGGUUCCAAUUUGUGAUCUCUGGUUAUAUGCUUGCUACUGCUUUUCUUAUUUCCCUCUUUCUUGGAUUGAGCAGCCAUUUAUUCCAAGGAAAAAGGAGGCCCAUAUAAUUUAUUAGAUGACGAAAUUAUGUUCAAGUGGAAAAGAGGUGGGGUACAAAAUGUAAGAAUGUGGUCAAGAGGAAGAGCAAUGCGCAAGAGGCGCAAGGCUAUUCCACAGCGUCAUAUGGUUGGCUUUCAAUCGACUUCCUGUCAGAUAGUGGCUUGCAAGAGUAAAAUUUUGCUAGGUUGAAUAGAUAGAAGAAUUCUUUGGCA